AUGCUACUCUUCAGCCUGGAGUCGUCCCUCGACGCCAGCGUGCUGAGGGAUGAAGCGCUGAGCGGCGUGGAGAAGCUAACGCUGAUCGGACAUCUGUCAGUCGAGGCAGAUCGAGGCUCCGAUGCUCUGGGUGUGUACACUGUGCUACCCUUCUGCAGUGGUGUGCGGCUCCUUAGCCCGUGGGAGCGCGAAUCAUUCAGCAGGUGGGAGGCGCUGUUCCCGGACAGGUUUCCGUCCUUCCAAGGAUACACAUUUCACAUUGCUUCUAGACUGAAGGAUGAACCCUUCUUUUUCCCAAGUGUAAAGGAUCCCCUGAAAAGAAACGGAGUCGGAUUAGACAUGAUGGAAUGUUUGUCAGCAAAGCUGAAUUUUAGUUACACCGCGACGAACAACUCGCCGGACUCCAAGUGGGGAGCUUCUUCCAAUGGCGUCUGGGAUGGUGUUCUGGGAAUGGUGCACAGGCGCGAGAAGAACUUCACAAUAAAUAGCUUUCUUCUAGACAUCAAUAGAAGCAGGGACUUCGAUUUCUCCACCCCAAUACAUAUAGAUGGCUUUGGGGUCUACUUGCGGAGUCCGGACCCGCUGCCCAACUGGAUGAGUUUUGCAAAAGUAUUUCAAGGCUCUGUCUGGUUGGCAGUGCUCUUCGCCUUCUUGGCCUCAACCUGUUUCACACUGCUCCGGGAGCGAGUACGUGAAAGAUGGUCACAGUCUCUGGAGAGAAACAGGCCGACGAGGGGUCUAGCCACCAUCUGCUUGGACAUCCAGAGACCACUGGUGGCACAGAGCGUGCCUCUCUUGCCAGCUGCAGUGCCACUGAGGAUCCUGAUGGCUCUGUGGUUCGUGUACGGUCUAGAUAAUAUAUCUCAGAUCACUGAGGCUCUGACAGAGGCGGCCUCAGUAGUCAGCGGCAAGGCUCUGGAAAGAGCAAUCAUGCCUCGCCACUCAUCCUUCAGCACAAUCAAAGCAUCUUCUUUUGUGAUAUUUCUGCCGACUUGCAUUGAUGUUGCACUGUACAGCCACCAUCACCGCACCGCCCUCAGCACCACAACUAUCACCACCACAAUUCGCAGUGCUUCAUGA